AUGCAAGUGCCACUAAUCCGUCUCCAAUGUGGCUGUAAUAGCUAUGACUGGGGAAAAAUUGGCAAGGAUUCGGCGGCUGCAAAAUAUGCGGCAGCGACUCCUUCUGAUACCUUCUCCAUUCAAGAAGACAAGCCAUAUGCUGAACUAUGGAUGGGUACCCACCCUUCACUACCCUCCAAGGAUCUCGAAACUGGACGGUCGCUUCUUGAUCUAGUUGCGGACAAUCAAGCACUACAAGGAGGAGACAUCUCUUCAAAGUACAAGAACAAGCUACCGUUCCUCUUCAAAGUUCUAUCCAUCAACAAAGCGUUGUCCAUCCAAGCCCACCCCAAUAAGAAGCUUGCAGAACAACUUCACGCCAAAGACCCCAAGAACUACCCUGACGACAACCACAAGCCUGAGAUGACCUUGGCUAUCACACCCUUCGAGGGUCUUUGUGGUUUCCGUCCUUUGAAGGAAAUUGCACACUUUUUGUCCACUAUUGCUCCUCUUCGGGACUUGGUUGGUGAAAGCGAUGCCAAGGGUCUGGAAGAGGUUGCUGAGCAGUCAUCCCCUGAUCUUUCAGAAGCCAAAGCUCGCCUCAAGGCUGCGUUUAGCCACUUGAUGAAAUCAGAUCGCAGUCUCGUGGCCGAGAAAUCCAAAGCACUUGUCGAGCUUGCAGCAUCAGGUUCAAUCACGCCUGGUCCCAGCGUCAAUACUCCCGAAGAGCUGGCGGAACUGGUCCAACGGUGCAAUAGCCAAUUUCCUCAAGACAUCGGCCUUUUCGUUUUGUUUUUCCUAAACUUCGUUAAGCUACAACCUGGACAAGCAAUGUAUUUGAAGGCGGAUGACAUCCACGCAUAUAUCUCUGGUGACAUUAUCGAGUGCAUGGCCAGCAGUGACAACGUCAUUCGAUCUGGGUUCACACCCAAAUUCCAGGACGUCAACACUCUCACGGACAUCUUGACUUACGACCAUGAUCCACCUGAGCAGCAGCUCCUGCAGCCUGUCGAUUACCCAUACGUCACCUUGAACAGCACCGCUUACAGCUCCAACAGUGAAUCGCUCCUCUACGACCCGCCUAUUGAAGAGUUCAGCGUUGUACGCACAGUGUUGAAGCAGACUGGCGCCAAGGCUACAUUCGAGGGCAUUGCUGGGCCAAGCAUCAUCAUUGCUACGAGUGGAGAGGGCACUAUCAGUGUGGGACCGAAGAGGGAGGAUCUGAAGGAAGGCUACGUCUACUUCGUCGGUGCCACUGCUGAGUUGGUCAUUGAGAGCACAUCCGAGGAGCUUGUGACUUUCCGUGCGUUCUGUGAGAUUGGUGAAGCCACGCAGAAUGGUGCGCAUUGA